CGCUCUCGCGGCCUGCACUCUCACCACCAUCACAUCUGCCGCCCGCCAUGUCCGCCGCGCCCCUCAUCCUCGUGCGCAGCAGUAUCAACAUCGACGACAUCUACGCCGUGCCGCACAUUGUGCGCCCCGGCGAGACGCUGGCGUCGCUGAGCCUCACGUCGCUCGCCGGCGGCAAGGGCCUCAACGUCAGCGCCGCCACGGCGCUCGCGGCCGGCGAGUCAGGCCGCGUCUUUCUUGCGGCCAACGUCGGCGACGUGACGUGGCCGGUGCAGGAGCUGGAGAAGAGGGGAGUCGACUGCAGCCACGUGCGCUCCGUCGAUGGCGCCACGGGGCGGGCGGUGAUCCAGCGCGCCGAGGACGGCGAGAACAGCAUCAUCCUCCUGCCAGGCGUCAACCACGCGCCCGGCGCAUCGCCCGACGAGCUGCUGGCAGCGCUGCCGCGGCAGCCGGGCUUCCUCAUCCUGCAGAACGAGAUCCCGUGGGACAUCACGACGGCGUACGCGUCCUUCUUCGGCGCCAAGGGCACCGACGUCGUCUUCAACCCGUCGCCCAUGCCGUCGCAGGCACAGCUCGAGGCGUUCCCGUGGAAGCAGCUCGCCGUGCUCAUCGUCAACGAGGGCGAGGCGGCCGACCUGCUCGCUGCACUCUCGUCACAGAAGGCGGACUCGUCGUCUGACGCCAAGGCAACGCUCGAGGCGCUCGUGGCGCUGCCGCAGUUCAGCGGCCUCAAGUGGCUUGUCCUCACACUCGGCUCGCAGGGCGUCAUCGCGUCCGUGGCGCUGCAGGGCGGCAGGCAGGUGUUCGCCUCCCCCGCGUCGAAGCCGCAGGCCGUGCGCGAUACGACGGGCGCCGGCGACACGUUUGCCGGCAACCUCGUGACGCGCCUCUCCGAGGUCGAGGGCGAGCUGCAGGCCAAGCAGGUCGAGGAGGCGCUGCGCUGGGCCGGCCAGGCAGCGGCCAUGGCGGUGGAGAAGGAGGGCGCGCUGGAGAGCAUUCCGAAGCGGCAAGACGUGCAGCAGCGGCUGCAGGGCUAAUGUCACACUGUCUCCGUCACCCUCGCAAUGCCAUGCAUCUGUCU